UGUCUGAAUCCAUCAAGCGUAUUUCUAAGCAAGCCAAUUUCUUAUCGCCGCUCUUAUCGCCGCGCUCAUGCAGUCUCGCAAGGUCGAAAUAUCAAUCAAUAAUAAUCGUCUAGCGACUUAACCUGCCAGCUACCUAACCUAUUGGUUUAACUGUCAUUCAACUGCCUGUUUGUUUUGCUACGGCAACUUGUGUCUAAUUUUAUAAAUGUCACCUUUGCAUGAAGUUCAUCUGUAUUCAUCGUCUCGCGCCAAGCUGGUUGUCUUCAACCUCCAAGUCGCGUCUCAAUUUUCAUCUACUCAACAUUAUCUUUCUAGAGCCUCUAUAUUCGGGGACAAAGCAGUCAGUUGUUCCAUUUUUGCGGAAACGCGGAGCCUAGUUUGACGGAAACGCGGGUUUCGCACAGUUUUCCUGCUUUCCGGGAUGUCAGACCUAGAGUCCGAGACGCGGCCUUCUUCUGGCCUUCCAAGCGCAGAAGCAAUAGAGCAAGGACUGAGGGCUACAGUUGCGAAGAUAUACAAGUCUGGAAACCUUGAUGAGCUUACUGUGAAACGCGUACGGUUGGCAACAGAGAAAAUUUUGGGGCUGGAGCAGGGUGUCCUCAAAGCCCAUGCGGAAUGGAAGCAGAAAAGUGAUGAGAUCAUAAAGGAUGAGGUGGUAUGUACUCUCUCGAAUUCCUCUGUUCUUAAGAGAAAAUCCGCCUGCGUAUAUAUACCUAAGUAUGUAUGCGCAAGUAUUAAAAUUGGUGUUUGAACCUAGGAAAUACAGGAAAACCCACCACC